CUGGCGUUGCGGGGUCGGGCUGAGCAGGAGGGUCUGUGCCGGGGAGACCCAUUAACCCCCCGUGCCCGGCUCGGGCCCUGCUCCCGCUGGGGCCGCCCCGGGCUCUGCCCGCCCCGCUGCGGCGCUGCAGCCUCCAGGCUACAGAAUAACAUCCUCGUUUGCUCCAGAUCAUCCCAUCCUCCCAGGGGGAAGGAAAUGGCUGCAAUGGAGCUGGCUCAGGGGUCGGUGACUUUCGAGGAGGUGGCUGUGUAUUUCACCAGGGAAGAGGGGGCUCUGCUCGACCCCACUCAGAGAGCCCUCUACAAUGAUGUCAUGCAGGAGAACUAUGAGACGGUGGUCUUUCUGGGGUUUCCAGUUUCCAAACCUGAGGUGAUCUCGCAGCUGGAAGGAGGGGAAGAGCCGUGGGUCCCAGACCUCCAGGGCUCUGAGAAAGAAGUGCUCCCGAGAGCUGCCUACACAGGUGUUGGGAUGGUGAGUGAGAAUGAGGAGGAGAAACCCCAGCAGGAAGAUGCUGAGCAAGUGGAACCACAUGGAACAUUAUCAGGAAGAUCCAAAGGGAAUAUUUCCGGGAGUUGUGCAAUCCCAGAAAAAGCAAAAGCCUGUGAGACUCAGCAGAGGCCAGAGGAAAACUUCAGUUGCCACUCAAACCUUAUUACACGCGACAGAAUCAACUUGGAAGAGACACACUACACAUGCCAUGAGUGUGGGAAAAGCUUCAAUGGGAGCUCAGACUUUUUCACACAUCAGCGAAUCCACAGAGGAGAGAGACCCUCCAUGUGCUCUGAGUGCGGGAAAAGCUUCAGUCGGAGCUCAGCUCUUAUCAGACAUUGGAGAACCCACACUGGAGAGAAACCCUACACGUGCUCCGAGUGUGGGAAACACUUCAAUCGGAGCUCACACCUUAUUACACAUCAGACAGUCCACACAGGUGAGAAACCUUAUGGAUGCUCUGAGUGUGGGAAAUGCUUCACUAAUAGUUCAGCCCUCAUUUCACAUCAGCGAAUCCACACAGGAGAGAGGCCGUACACAUGCUCUGAGUGUGGGAAAAGCUUUAGUCGGCACUCAAACCUUAUCACACAUCGUAGAAUCCACACAGGAGAGACGCCCUACACGUGCUCUGAGUGUGGGAAAAGCUUUAAUCAGCACUCACAGCUUAUCACGCAUCGUAGAAUCCACACAGGUGAGACGCCCUACACGUGCUCUGAGUGCGGGAAAAGCUUCAAUCGGAGCUCACACCUUAUCACACAUCAGACAAUCCACACGGGUGAGAAACCUUAUGGAUGCUCUGAGUGUGGGAAACGCUUCAAUCGGAGCUCACACCUUAUCACACAUAGGAGAAUCCACUCGGGGGAGAAACCUUAUGGAUGCUCUGAGUGUGGGAAACGCUUCACUGAUAGUUCAGCCCUCAUCUCACAUCAGCGAAUCCACACAGGAGAGACGCCCUACACAUGCUCUGAGUGUGGGAAAAGCUUCAAUCGGAGCUCUGCCCUUAUCACACAUCAGACAAUCCACACGGGUGAGAAACCUUAUGGAUGCUCUGAGUGUGGGAAACGCUUCAGUCAGAGCUCACAGCUUAUCAUACAUCGAAGAAUCCACACAGGAGAGAAACCCUACACAUGCUCAGAGUGUGGGAAAUGCUUCAAUCGGAGCUCAAACCUUAUUAGACAUCAGACAAUCCACAGAAGAGAGAGACCCUACAUGUGCUCUGAGUGUGGGAAAAGCUUCAGUCGGAGCUCUGCCCUUAUCACACAUUGGAGAACCCACACUGGAGAGAAACCCUACAUGUGCUCUGAGUGUGGGAAAAGCUUCAAUCGAAGCUCUGCCCUUAUUACACAUAGGAGAAUCCACACGGGUGAGAAACCUUAUGGAUGCUCUGAGUGUGGGAAAAACUUCAUUGAUAGUUCAACCCUCAUCUCACAUCAGCGAAUCCACACAGGAGAGAAGCCCUAUACAUGCUCUGAGUGUGGGAAAAGCUUUAGUCGGCAUUCACACCUUAUCACACAUCGUAGAAUCCACACAGGAGAGACGCCCUACACAUGCUCUGAGUGUGGGAAAAGCUUUAAUCAGCACUCACACCUUAUCACACAUCGUAGAAUCCACACAGGAGAGAGAGCCUACACGUGCUCUGAGUGCAGGAAAAGCUUCAAUCGAAGCUCUGCCCUUAUCACACAUUGGAGAAUCCACACGGGUGAGAAACCUUAUGGAUGCUCUGAGUGUGGGAAACGCUUCAAUCGGAGCUCAUACCUUAUCACACAUCAAACAAUCCACAUGGGUGAGAAACCUUAUGGAUGCUCUGAGUGUGGGAAACGCUUCAAUCGGAGGUCACACCUUAUCACACAUAGAAGAAUCCACACGGGGGAGAAACCUUAUGGAUGCUCUGAGUGUGGGAAACGCUUCACUGAUAGUUCAGCCCUCAUCUCACAUCAGCGAAUCCACACAGGAGAGACACCCUAUACGUGCUCUGAGUGUGGGAAAGGUUUUAGUCGGCACUCACACCUUAUCAGACAUCGUAGAAUCCACACAAAAGAGAAAUCCUACAUGUGCUCUGAGUGCGGGAAAUGCUUCAAUCGGCGCUCACAGCUUAUCACACAUCAGAGAAUCCACACAGGAGAGAUGCCCUAUACAUGCUCUGAAUGUGGGAAAAGCUUUAAUCAGAUCGGAAAUCUUACAUCACAUCGAAGAAUCCACACAGGAGAGACACCGUACACAUGCUCUGAGUGUGGGAGACACUUCAAUCAGAGCUCAAACCUUAUUAGACAUCAGAAAAUCCACACGGGUGAGAAACAUUAUGAAUGCUCUGAGUGUGGGAAAUGCUUCAUUGAUCGUUCAACCCUCAUCUCACAUCUGCGAAUCCACACAGGAGAAGCACCCCACACAUGCUCUGAGUAUGGGAAAGGCUUCAAUCGGAGCUCGACCCUGUUUAGACAUCGUAGAAUCCACACAGGAGAGACGCUCUAUGCUUGCUCUGAGUGUGGGAAAAGCUUCAGUUGGAGCUCAGACCUUAUCGCACAUAGGAGAAUCCACAUGGGUGAGAAACCUUAUGGAUGCUCUGAGUGUGGGAAAUGCUUCAUUCGUCGUUCAGGCCUCAUCUUACAUCAGAGAAUCCACACAGGAGAGAAGCCCUACACAUGCUCUGAGUGUGGGAAAAGCUUCAGUUGGAGCUCAAACCUUAUCAGACAUGAGAGAAUCCACACAGGAGAGAAGCCCUACACAUGCUCUGAGUGCAGGAAAAGUUUCAGUCACAUCUCUGCCCUGAUCACACAUCAGAGAAUCCACACAGGGGAGACUCCCUACACAUGCUCUGAGUGUGGGAAAAGCUUCAAUCACAGCUCUAGCCUUAUCACACAUUGUAGAAUCCACACAGGAGAGAUGCCCUACACAUGCUCUGAGUGUGGGAAAUGCUUCAAUAGGAGUUCUACCCUUAUCACACAUCAGAGAAUCCACACAGGAGAGACGCCCUACACAUGCUCUGAGUGUGGAAAAAGCUUCAGUUGGAGCUCACACCUUAUCAGACAUCAGAGAAUCCACACAGGGGAGACACCCUACACGUGCUCUGAGUGCGGAAAAAACUUCAAUCAGAGCUCUACCCUUAUCACACAUCAGAGAAUCCACACAGGAGAGACGCCCUACACAUGCUCUGAGUGUGGAAAAAGCUUCAGUUGGAGCUCACACCUUAUCAGACAUCAGAGAAUCCACACAGGGGAGACACCCUACACGUGCUCUGAGUGUGGGAAAAGCUUCAAUCAGAGCUCACACCUUAUCACACAUCGUAGAAUCCACGUGGGAGAGAAACCCUAUACAUGCUCUGAGUGUGGGAAAAGCUUCAAUCAGUGCUCAAGCCUUAUUAGACAUCAGAAAAUCCACAUGAGAGAGAACUGUAAUAAAUCCCUUGACUAGGGCUGGCCAAAUUUUUUUUUUUUUUUUUAAAUAACAUUUGCUAAUUUUCACAUAGUGAUUUUUGUUCCAUCUUCACCGUCGCCUCUCAGCUCCACCAGAUGAAUUGCCUGCUUCUGCCUUUGCAGCUCACCCUUCUUUGCGGUCAGUCCUGUGAUCUUUUCUAUGAACUCCUUUCGUUUGAGUUGUAGGAGUGUGUGUCCCUCCAGCCAGGAAUGUUCAUCAGGUCCAGGUGGGAGAGAGAGGUUUGUUCCCAACAAACUACACCGAGGCAAAAACUACCUGUGCCUUACAUACACUAGGACUGUACAUGGAAUUGGCUGCUCAUGUUAGUGAUCUUGGUGUAAAAAGACAAUUAUAGAUGUAGAGCAGAGGCAGCCCAGGUGCAGUGGUUGGCAUUAGCUUUCCCCUUGACCUGACCUAAACUCCAUUACUUUUCCUAGUCUAAACAAACCGUGAGCAUCACGGUUAUACUGUCCCCCAUUUCAAAGCAAUUGUUAGUCAUCAAGUUCCCCCUUUGGGAACAAAUUGUUUCAUUCCCAGUUGCUCUGAUGUAGCUUCAGGUUGUGCUGAAGAGCAGAUAUUUUUAUUACCGUUUUCGUCACUUAAAAUAUAUUGAACUAUAACAAAGAGCAGGAACAGGGCAGGGAUGGGGAAAAUGUCAUUUCACCCUCUGUAACAUCAUAAGAAGAUUCAUAGAUUCUAGGACUGGAAGGGACCUCGAGAGGUCAUUGAGUCCAGUCCCCUGCCCGCAUGGCAGGACCAAAUGUGUCUAGACCAUCCCUGAUAGACAUUUAUCUAACCUAUUCUUAAAUAUCUCCAGAGAUGGAGGUUCCACAACCUCCCUAGGCAAUUUAUUCCAGUGUUUAACCACCCUGACAGUUAGGAACUUUUUCCUAAUGUCCAACCUAGACCUCCCUUGCUGCAGUUUAAGCCCAUUGCUUCUUGUUCUAUCCUUAGAGGCUAAGGUGAACAAGUUUUAUCCCUCCUCCUUAUGCACCCUUUUAGAUACCUGAAAACUGCUAUCAUGUCCCCUCUCAGUCUUCUCUUUUCCAAAUUAAACAAACCCAAUUCUUUCAGCCUUCUUUCAUAGGUCAUGUUCUCAAGACCUUUAAUCAUUCUUGUUGCUCUUCUCUGGACCCUUUCCAAUUUCUCCACAUCUUUCUUGAAAUGCGGUGCCCAGAACUGGACACAAUACUCCAGCUGAGGCCUAACCAGAGCAGAGUAGAGCAGAAGAAUGACUUCUCGUGUCUUGCUCACAACACACCUGUUAAUACAUCCCUGAAUCAUGUUUGCUUUUUUUUGCAACAGCAUCACACUGUUGACUCAUAUUUAGCUUGUGGUCCAUUAUAACCCCUAGAUCCCUUUCUGCCGUACUCCUUCCUAGACAGUCUCUUCCCAUUCUGUAUGUGUGAAACAGAUUUUUUCUUUGUAAGUGGAGCACUUUGCAUUUGUCUUUGUUAAACUUCAUCCUGUUUACCUCAGACCAUUUCUCCAAUUUGUCCAGAUCAUUUUGAAUUAUGACCCUGUCCUCCCAAGCAGUUGCAAUCCCUCCCAGUUUGGUAUCAUCCGCAAACUUAAUAAGCGUACUUUCUAUGCCAAUAUCUAAGUUGUUAAUGAAGAUAUUGAACAGAGCCAGUCCCAAAACAGACCCCUGUGGAACCCCACUUGUUAUGCCUUUCCAGCAGGAUUGGGAACCAUUAAUAACAACUCUCUCAGUAUGGUUAUCCAGCCAGUUAUGCACCCACCUUAUAGUAGCCCCAUCUAAAUUGUAUUUGCCUAGUUUAUCGAUAAGAAUAUCAUGCGAGACCAUAUCAAAUGCCUUACUAAAGUCUAGGUAUACCACAUCCACAGCUUCUCCCUUAUCCACAAGACUCGUUAUCCUAUUGAAGAAAGCUAAAGAUAGGGUAAGUCAGAGAGAUUCCCUUAUUCCCCAUCACCAUCCCAAUCCCCCUGUUGUUCAGUUGGUUAGGUCAAUAUUUUUUGUAAAGGGCUGGCAAGAGGAUUCCCUAGUAAAUGAUUUUUAACUAAGGAAAAUACCCAUGCAUUUGCCUCCCAAAGCAGUUGUGGCCCAGGCCCUGCAGGAGGUUGCUCCUGAAGAUAUCUCCUUCCUAAUCAGGUGCAUGUUGCCUAUUAUUUGGGAAAUGCAAUCCCUAUCUAGAUAGAGAUGGGAAAAAUGGAAGUGACAUUUCUCUUCAGCUCACCCCUGGGAGAUGCUGCAAAUGUGUAGAAAAUGAAAUCCAUGUUGAAUGUGAUAUAGCUGCAGAAAGAUACCUAUUUUUAAUAGAUACCUGACAUUUGGUGUCUUACAGGGAUUCUAAGCCACACCUGAAUUUAGUCCCUAAUUAAAAUCUGUGCCACUAGAUUAAAAAAAUAAAAGGGCAUACAUAGGGGAGUUAUACCUCACUAUCGCUACUGAUAUGUUGUGUGGUUGGUGAAGAAUUCUACACCAGAGAAGAGUAAAAUUACUUCAAGUAAGGUUAAAGAUUUGACAAGAACUCAGGAAGAAAUUGCAGGUACUGGUGGUUGAUUUUCACCCCAGAGAUGGACGCUAUGGUGACCUGUCGCCAGGUAAACUAUUUUUAGAACCCUGCUCCCUUGUUAAGUGGCAUUGGUCACACUCCUAAAGGAUGCCAUGAUUAAAUUGGUCACAACUGUCUUUUACCAUUUGGAUCCAAAGUUUCAUGAAGCACAGAGAGAAACAGCUGAUUCCUUCAGAGUCAUUCUAUGCCUAUGGGUCCCAAUCUGGCUGCCUUGUUGGACAAGAAGCACUUCUAUGCUGGGCAAAUGAUGGUAGCCAGUGAGGGAAUGUAUCCGAUUCCAAGUUCAGACUGCAGGAUACAUGAAUGCCUUUCCAGAGUCUGUCGUUUGGUCUCUUCAUUUUGCUAUUAAGUCUAAUGCAUUUGUAUCACUUCUCCUCCUGCUGCUACUUUGAAAGAUUAGAAAGUGUGAAAAUAGAGCACAGGUGUUUUUUCUCAUGAUGCAGCCUUCCCAUGUAGUUAGAGACCCCCUUCCACCCACACUUCUGGGAGAAGACCCAGGGAGAAAUGAACUCACAGAAAUGGAAGGCUCCUAGGUUAUUGUAGAAUGUGACUUCACACAAAGCUCACUGGGUGGAAAUGGGAAUCAACAGAAAACUGCCCUAUCAGUUUAUAUUUUGUAAUCUUUGAAUAAAUUGUUACCAGUGACAAUGAAAUUAAACAUGAAGUUAUUUAGUUUAACAGAAGAGGCUGAUCAUGUGAUAACUUUCAGUGUUACAAUAUAAUUCAGGUUUUCUUCUAGUUCACUCCCUGCCGCUUCCAACUACAUAGGAAAUGGAGGCUAAUCCUGAAAUUAAAAUCUCACUCCAAAGUAAUUAGAAUGUGAGAGAAAUAGCAUGUAUGAGAAUAGAGACCCAGUAUAGACUGCAAUUAUUUCUAUUUCAUAUGGAAUUUAUUAUGAUUAAUUUUAAAAUAAAUCUCCCCUUAAGAGGAAAAUUACUUGAGACAAGAUGUGUAGCCUUUUACCCAGUUAGAGGGUAACAGCCACAGAGUUCUCCAGGUCUCUUGUUUGCAAAGCAAAGAUGUCACAUCAGGUAGGAGAUGUCAAAAUCUAAAAUGGUGAUGAAUGUGUGAUGGUAGCUUUUCUGGAUUGGUUUUUCGGUUUGUUUUGUUUUUUUAAUUUAAUUUAAAUUUUGCAACCAGUUAUUUUUAUAGGUGCUUAGGCCCCUUUUCCUUUUGAGCACAGCUGUUUAACCCUCAGGCCUGGCUCUGGAAACCUCCCCAAAACUGGCCUUGUGUUUUUCAUGUUUGAUAGCUUUGAGGUACACACAUCCAGAUUACAUGCGGUUCACAGCAACAGAUAUUUUGAGAAACCUGCUGGGUUAAGCAGGCCUUUUCCAAAUUAACAUUGGUCCAAAGUCUUCCUCAAUUCAUCUGGAUAGUGACAUGUCUGUAUCAAAGGAGUGGUUCACACCUGAUUUGUCCAGAGACCUCGGGGAAGGUGUGAUAAAAUAGGAUAAGUAGGAAUCCACAACAAUAAAGUUAAAGGUAAGGGUGAUAGACCUUCACCUUGCAGGUCAACAAGCCUGUUCUGCUCAUUCCCUCUGAUACAUCUGGCACUGGUCACUCUCAGAUAGCACACUGGGCUAGAUGGACCAUUGGUCUGACCCAGUAUGACCAGUCUUGGGUUUGUCUGUAAGCCAUCUAGGGCCUUGUCUAGAGUGGCAAGUUUCUGUGCAGUAAAGCAGUUUUCUGCAGUGCAACUCCCAAGGUGUACACACUGCCAAGCCACUUACUGCACAGAAACUAAGCAGUUGCAGUGCUGUAAAAAAAACACCCCGACGAGAGGUGUACAGCUUUCUGUGCCAGGGCUACAGCACCGCAGUGCCAGUGUAGACAUCCUUGUCGAUUACAGCACUGCGAUUGGCCUCUGGGAAGUCUCCCACAAUUCCUGCUUUCAUCUCUCUGGUCAUCGGUUUGAAUUCUACUGCACUGCUCUGAGGUGAUCAACCAUGAACCCCGCCCCUUAAAUUCCUUGGGAAUUUUGAAAGUCCCCUUCCUGUUUGCUCAGUGAUGCAUGCAAUGGUCUCAGAACAUCUUUCCAGGUGACCAUGCCUUCUCCAUGCACCAGGCGAUCCCUCGCUUGGAGCAAUAUUGAGCUGCUGGAUCUCAUCAGAAUUUGGGGAGAGGAGGCAGUUGUAGCUCUAAGGAUUAAUAUGCUUAUUUGCAUAGAUAUAUGCAAGUUAGAAAGUAAACAGCUUUAACAGCUUUUGCAUUAGCUUCCUCUAGGGUGACCAGACGUCCCGAUUUUAUCGGGACUGUCCCGAUAUUUGCUUCUUUGUCCCGCGUCCCGACCAAUGUUUGGUUGGGACACUGGACAAAGAAGAAAUUUUCCCUUCCGCUCCGGCGCUCGGCCCCCCCCCCGCCCCGGCUCCGCCCCCUCUUUCCCCCAUUGGCUCCCUCCCCAAAUCCCCGCCCUGGCCCCGCCUCUUCCCCAGCAUUCCUCCUCCCUCCCAGGCUUGCAGCAUGGCGGUGCAAGCCUGGAGGGAGGGGGUGGCGGCGGCGGUGCCUGGAUCCUGGAGCUGGUGAGUCAGCUCCAGCACCCGGGCACCGGGCGGGCAAGGGAGGGAGACAGGGGGGCUCAGCUGUGAGCCCCCCCGCCGCGCCAGAGGGCUUCUGCCCGGGCUGCUGCACCCGGGGCCGGGAGCACAGCCUGAAGGCUGCUCCAGCCCUGCAGCCCGCGGGGCAGCGCGGUGGGUCCGGUCGGGGGGCAGCGCGGAGCGGUUUGGGGCCAGGUGGGCAGCGCGGGGGCCUGGGCCGAAUCCCUGCUGCUGCUGGGGAGCCCCGCGCCUCUCCGUCCCGCUUGCGGCUGCGGCUCCUUCCCGGUGGGACACGCCCCCCCGGCCUGCCCCACUCACAUGCGGCGCGUGUCCAGCUGCUCCUUCCCGGCGGG